GGAAUUCAUUAGUUGGAACUUUUUUGGCGACAGAAUUAGCCGCACGGUUCGUCUCGCAAGACUGGGCGCUGCGCGCAGAGGAAAGCGAAAGUCCCACCCAUUCGCCGCUGAUGCCCCCCCAGUUGCUUGGUUGUCGGUUGUCCGGUUGCCCGGUUGGACGCAGCUGACUGACGCUGGGAAGAAUUUCGACCACAAAUCGUUUGGGUAAUUAGAAAAGGCAAGGGGCCACAGGGAGUACACAGAGCACAGCAUUGGUGAAAGGGAAAUGGGAAAUGGGCAUAGAAAUGGAAGUGGAAGUUUGGUAUAAAAGGCGAACCCAUAAAAAUUAGAUGUUGCAGUCUCUCUAAAGCAAUCCCCAAGCAUAAGUCCCCGUACAGCAACAAUAGGUUUGUCACAUCAAAUAUGUUGCUAAUCAAAACCCUGGAGUAUCUAUUCUACCUGGCCCUGUUCGCCUUCAUGUGCAAAUAUGCCCAGGCUGCCAGCGUCCAAGCCACAGAAGCAUCGACUAUUGCCACAGAACCUCUAAGGAAGCCGCAAAAAAUAGAGACGCCUCUCAAUGAGUGCGAGGCUUCGUCAUUCAGCUGGAUGUGCCUCAAGAUAGAGCUGGUCAAGAUCAUGGAGAGGCUGGCCGAGCAGCAGGAGCUCAGUGUCUUGCCCGGCGUUAGUGUGGUUAAGGAUGAGAGUGCCACCGAAAUGAAGACCUCCGAGCUAAUGGCGGAGGUGGCACGCAGCUAUCCAAGUGAUCCCAAUACCCGUCUGAAUGGAUACAUAGUGGCCAAAAUGGAGAAUCUCCUGAAGACGCGCUUCCUUCGCUUCCGCUUGCUGGACGACAAGGCCCUGGUGGAGGGACGCAAGCACAAGUUUGGCAAGAAGGGCGGUCUGGAAGCUCUAGUGGCAGCCGGUGUCAUGAUGAAGGGCAUGCUGAUGGCCAUGGGCUUGGGCGCGAUAGCUCUUAUGGCGGGCAAGGCUCUGAUGGCAGCUCUCAUGGCUCUGACGCUGUCCGGCGUCCUGGGUCUUAAAAGCUUGGCCGGAGGUGGCAAGUCAACCACCUACGAGAUAGUGGCCAAACCCAUUUACACCUCAAGCCACUCCCACUCGGUUAGCCACGAGGAUGGCCAUGGACACACGCCACACUUUGCAGCUGGAGGCGGCGGAGGUGGUGGCACUGCCAGCGGUUUCGGUUACGGUGGAUAUGCCAGAUCUAUGAAGCCAGACAGUCAGAUGCAAAAGCAGUAGACGAGUUUCGAAGCAUUUACGUGUAUAUCUACUCUUAGGCUAUUUAUUUAUUUAUUUAUUGUAAUUUAAGCAUGACAGGAAAUACAGGCAAAUCUAUCAUUGAAAAAUAAGCGAUAUAAAUCAAUGGGUUACACUUGUUACGACGUUUGCUGUACCUAAUUCUUUUACCUGGAUACUACUUUUGGUUCUUUAAUUGCCUCAAAAUGUUCAUGACGACCCUCUUGUGGAGCUGUUUUGUUCUUCUGUUGGCCAUCACUAUUACUGCUGGACGCAAAAAUCGCACAAUAUGCGAUGAUUUGGGUGUAUGUAUGAAAAGCUGUUUUGUGAUAAUUGUCCAGACGAAAGCCCAGUGUCCUGAGGGUAAGAGGUGUUGCCUACAUGGAAACGUCCCGGAUACUUAAUUGUCCAGACGAAAGCCCAGUGUCCUGAGGGUAAGAGGUGUUGCCUACAUGGAAACGUCCCGGAUACUUACCCUGCAGUACAAGUCCUCGAUGACUCAUCUGAUGACGAGUCGAUGUCAGCAUCACUACCACCGAUGACAUAGGCGAUGAACCGCCUAUGAAGUGUUGAAAUUUACAUGGUAGGACCUCUCCAUAGGGCAUAUCAGAUGACAUUGUCUUCCAGCAAUGCAAGCAUUUUAUAAGCGGAAGAAUCAUGCAUUUUAUAAGGGAUGAUUUCACAGAGGAAGGAAUAGAUUUAUAUUUGUCGUAUAAACGUUAUGGUUGUCCUUACCUUAUAUAGUUCUUUCAGCGGGCUCUUUUGGGAUUUUCUACAGAAUCGCCACUGAAAUAGAAUUGAUUACUUACCACGCGGUACUCAGUGAGUAUAAAUUUCAGCUUAUAAAUUAUCUAAUUUUUAUAAUAUAUAUUAUGUGACGUUUGGUAUUGCUUUUCGCAAAAAAGACAAAUUAAUUUUCAGUAAAAAAAAAUUUUUUUUAAAAGUCACAAAAAUCGGUUGAACGGAUUCAAAUUUGUCUGUUUGUUUUCUAUUCUCACAAAACAUCAGCCGUUUUUCUCGACAGGGGGCGAACACUGCACCAGGAAGAUUGUGUGAAAAAUAAGGGACGGAGUAAGCGGGUGGCUAGCAUUGCGUAAUCACAGCAAAUUUAUUUGUUCAUUCUGGCUAUAAUAAUUAUGCGACCUGAUUCAGAUUCUGCAGUCUGGUAUAUAUGGGCAUUCUUUACAAUUCUGCCUUUUCGCAUAUCUUCAAAAUUGUGGAUAUCACAGAUUUUCUUUUUUUUGUAGUAAGGACGUGUCUGGAUACAAAUUUGGUUUCUCUCGCUUUUUUAGUAUCUGAGAUCCAGCCACUCAUCGAGUGGCCUAAUGUACUGGCGAGGCGUCUUGCGAGAACCAGAUACCGGCGUAUGCUGGCCAGAAUACCUGUUCAACAGAUAAUUGAACCAAAAAAUAUCCCCCUCCGAAUUCAUAGACCUUGAUGACAAGCAUUUUUUUUUUUUUAAUCAUCGUAUUUUUCAUGUGAUUUUUGUAUAAGUUGCUUUAAAAGUAAC